CUUUUCUUCUUCCUUUUUCUUUCUUUUGAACGUGUUCUUUCUAUCAUAUCCUUUCUUUUUCAAAACAUAUCACAUUACUUUUUUUUUGUUUUUCUUUUUAUAUCUACAUUAGAAGUAUAUUUGUCAACAUCCUUCCUCUUUUAUUGACAAAUUCAAUAUGAAAUAUACUUUUGUCUCGGUGCCUGCUUUGGGCAACUCACAAAAUACAUUUUUGAACAUCAAGGCCAAACUUACUGAAUAUGCUGAAACAAAUGCUUUUCCUAUCCCAGACUUUAAGAUUGGUACUUUGGAUACAUUGGUUUUGUUAUCAGAUGACUUGGUGAAAUAUGAUGCUGUAUUUGAACAAUCUGUUAAUAAAGUGGCAGAUAUUGUACGUACCUUUACUCCUACUGCCAAAGGUCAUGAACAACUUUUAUUGGUGAACGAAAAAUCCAUUGAUCAAUAUAUUCGAGGUUUCCAAUGGAAUACUAUGAAAUAUCGUACUGAUAAGUCAUUACAAGAAACAACUGCUACUUUGAGUCAGGAAGUCAACGCUAUCGAUGCUAUUAUGAAAGCCAAGUUGAAUACCUAUACCCAAAACAAGAAUGCUCUUCAAACUCUUCAACGAAAGCAAACUGGAAAUUUGUCUGUCAAGAAUUUAAAUGGUAUUGUAAAGAAACAACAUUGCGUCUUGAAUUCUGAAUACCUUACUACAUUGAUUGUUGCUGUACCAAAAUCUCUUUACAAGCAAUGGAAUGGAAAAUACGAAACUUUGACGUCUAUGGUUGUACCUCGAUCUUCUAUCAAGAUUGCUGAAGAUGAUGAAUUUGGACUUUUUACUGUUACUUUAUUCCAAAGAGUGGUUGAUGAAUUCAGUCACAAGGCUAGAGAAGAAAAAUUCAUUGUACGUGAUUUCAAGUAUGAUGAGGAUGCAUUACAACAACAACAAAAAGAAUUGGAUCAAGUCAGUAGUGUGGAAGCGGAACAACAAGCAGAAUUGGUUCGUCUGGCCAAGAUCAACUUUGGUGAAUUGUUUGGCUCAUGGGUACAUCUCAAAGCUGUUCGUGUAUUUGUGGAAUCCGUUUUACGUUAUGGCCUUCCUCCUGAUUUCACUUCAGUCACUAUUGCCGUUCAACCCAAAUUUGAAAAGAAGAUCGAUGAAACUCUAUUGGCUCAAUAUGGUCGAUUGGGUGGUGUACACGGCCAAACUCUCAAGAGCAAUCAACAGCAACAACAACAACAACAAGAUGAAAUUUUGGAUCAUGACCUUCAAUCUGUCAAUGAUAGUAGUUAUAGACCUUAUGUGCAAUUUGAUCUUCAAUUUGAUAUGGAACGGGCAUAGGUGUUCUUUAUUUAUUUAGUAUUAUUCAUCCUUUUAUAUAUAUAUGUAUAUAUAUAUACGAAAUAAAAAGAAAAAGCAAAUCAAAUAUUUAUUUC